AUGUCUUGCAAUAAAAAAAUACGAAAAUUAAAUUCAAAUCAAAUACUAGAACUUCGACAAGCAUUUGAUUUAUUUGAUACUGAUAGUAGUGGAAGUAUAUCAGUAACUGAAUUGAAACAAGUUCUUCAUGCAUUGGGUGUUAGUUUAUCUGAACAAGAAAUUCGACAAAUGUUUUCAGCAAUAGAUGUUGAUAGUCGUAUUGAAUUUGAUGAAUUUGCUGAAAUAGUAGCAGAUACUUAUUUUAAAAAAUUUUCUCGUGCUGAAAUUCUUGAAGCAUUUAGAAGAUUUGAUCAUAAUCAUGAUGGGUUUAUUGAAGCUGAUGAAUUAAAAAUAAUCUUAGAUCAACUUGGAAGACAUUUUUCGAAUGAAGAAAUUCGUCGUAUGAUCGCUCAAGUUGACCGAGAUGGAAAUGGAAAAAUAUCCAUUGAAGAAUUUGCGGCACUUGUUGAAAGAGAAUCUUGA